AAAGUCUGGCAAUAAUCUUGCUUAGCUAUCCGCCAACCAACUAACCAUUCCAUUUCUAUUCCCAACCAAUUGUCUUCAGUUGGAAUUCGUACCCUGUUCAAUGACGACUAUCGCGCGGUGAAACACAGCGGUGCGUUAACAUUUCGGUAGAUUUAAUCUCAAUUUCAAUCGGUAUUUUUUUGUUUCUUAAUAUUAUUUAAAGUUUAUUUAAAUUAAACAGAAAUUAUUAAGAAACAAGUGUACAUACAAAAUACCUUUAUUUAUACAAUUUUGCAAUGAGAUUGUGUGUUUAUUAAUAUUAUUUUUCCUUUCUCUGAUUCAUAGCUACUUUCUCUCUAAAAGGUUAACUUAGGUCGAACAGGUUACAUAAAUAUUAAACCCAAAAAUAUAUCAAUUCAUGGUUUAUUAACCGGAUCUGUUUAUUUGUGUUUGAUUUUUUUUUUUUGGAGCUCGGAGUAACCGUAUAAAUCUUAAUAAAGAGAUUUAACAAAAAUAUAUAAAUCGUGUCCGUCUUUCAUAGUGUUAUCCGAAUAUCCGGUCGAAAAGAGGUUUAAAAAUAAGUUAUGUGCAGAAAUACAAAAAAAUAAAUAAAAUAUUUAAACGUGUCGGAAAAUAUAUGUAAAAUAUAUAUGCAAACGAAAAACAACAUUUCAGACCAGCUUUUUUAAAAUAUAUAUAUAUAAAUAAAUAUGUAUCUCAGCAAAAGGAGAAAAUGUGAUUUUAAACUAAUAGUUUUUGGAUUACUUCUGCUCACAUUUGUUGCUGCCGAUGAUGAAGCUGAACAGUCUCAUUCAACAACUACUUUACCUGUCCUUACUGAUUUAGAGAAUGGUACAACGAUAUCAGUGGAUACGAGCACAAUAACAGAAGAAUCAACAACAAAUCCCAACAUUUCUAGUAAUUUUACAGGAAAUGGGAAUAAUUCUAUUGAGAUUCCACUUUCUGUCAUUCCAAUUAAUUCUGAAAAGAAAACAGUUACAGAGAAUGCAAACAUAUCAUCUUCUACAGAAUCAGUUCAAGAAAAAAACUUAACAGAAAGCAAUAUGUCAGUCGUUUUUAACCACGAAGACAGCUUUACUGAGAAAGACUUGCCAGGUGAAAUGGAAAGUGAAUUCAAUACUACAGUAAUGCCAAUGAUGACAACGAGUGAAAUGAGUUUGAAUAUGACAGCAAAUUCAACCAUAGACUCGGAGACAUCUACUACGGAAUCCGAGUUAGAAACAGAUAAUAAUUUUACUGAGAUCAUUCAAGAUGGCACAAAACAGAAAGAUCAGAUAACAACGACGGAUUCUAGUAAUGACGAAGAACAAACAACAUUAACUAAUAAUCUGGAGGAGUCACCAAAUAAUUUUCCAAUCAUCCAACCUGACAUCGAAAACACUUUCGACCAUACAAUUGCCAUUGAUGAAGAAUCUACUGAAUCAUCCACAAAUACAAUGGCUGAAGAAGUGACUGUACUAGCUUCACAAAACAGCAGCACGAAACCAACAACGCCAGUUGGAAUUUCAAUCCAUCAAGAAGCCCCGGAAAAUGUUACAAGCUCAACAAUUGGAAAUGUAUCCUUAAUUAACGGUUUAGAUGUUACAAGCACAACAGAAAAAUUAUCUGAGAUCUCGUCUUCAUUGAACGAAAAAGAGGACAUGAAAAAUAACUCUUUUAAUAAAAGCGAAGUAGAAGGAGAAAAAAGUCUUAUCCUAGAUGUCUCCAAAGGACGAUCAAUGAACUUAUCAUCGGAGGAUCGCAAUGAAACUUUUUCAGAAGGUCGUUCUGCUAAAACUGAUUUUGAACCAAAAGCUCCAACCGCAUCCUAUGAUGAUGAGCGAACAAAUAAUGAUGAUGAAUUUAACAGUUUUGAUAACCAAAAUGUACAUUUGAAUUUUGUGACAACAGAAAAAAAUGAGGAGGGAAGAAAUUAUGAGAAUUUACAUUCCAAUGGAUUCAUGGACUUGAGCGAUGUCAGUAUGGACACAGAAGACAUAGAUUUCAAUGGACACAGGGGCCAAAUAGACAAUGAUGAAGAUCAUUUGGCACUAGAACGACAGGAAGAUUAUGACAUUGGAAAGCCCGAUGAUUUCGAGGAUAAUGAAAGAAAACAGAACUUAAAGACACCUAAUGAUCACGAAGAUCAAGAAAUUAAAGUAAAAAAUGAUAGUGAAAAGGCUGCCGAUUUGACUAAUAGGGAAUGUGUGGAGAAUGGAAAAAAAUACAAGAAUGGAGAAACAAUGGAUCGCGAAUGUAAUGAACGGUGCUCUUGCAAUCGCGGUGAAUGGAUUUGUAAGCCUAGAUGCUCUGGAAUGUUGUUCAAACGUGGACAAGCAUUCGAAAAACCCAAUUGUCAUGAGAUUCCAUUUGAAGAUGACGAGUGCUGUGCUACAAUGGAAUGUACUGAAACAACAACAACAAUGCCAACUUCAACGAAUGAUUCCAAUAUAAUCAAACCUGAGGUGAUAUCAACGCCAAUUGAAUGCCAUUUCAACGGAGGUAUUUAUAAAUUUCGUGAGCGUCUAGAAAUUGGUUGUGACGAAAUUUGUCACUGCGACGAAGGUGGUAAAAUGAACUGCCGUCCUAGAUGUUCAGAACGCAAUCAUACCCGUUUAGAAAAAUGUGUUCUAGUUAAGGAUCCAAAAGAUAUAUGUUGUCAGCUUGAAUUGUGCGAUGUUACGUUAGAUGAUCAUGAACAAACUCCAUCGCCUACAACAUCGCAACUUGGAAAUGAAAAUUCUAUAACACCAAAUGAAGAUGCACAGCUUUCGGACUUAUGUGUAGCAAAAGGCAUAAGCUACAAGGUAGGACAACAGUUCCAUGAUGGGUGUGAUGCUCUUUGCAUAUGCACAAAAGAAGGCAUUCACUGUGCCAAACUCGACUGUCCAUCAAGCUUUGGUUUGGAUGUUCUCGAUCCUCAUUGUUUACGUUGGGAACCAGAGCCAGCUUCGUUCAGAGCAAUUGCUCCAAAAUGCUGUCCAGAACGAAUGCGAUGCGUAGACAAUGGUACAUGUGAGUUUAAAGGUCAUACAUUUGAUAAUUGGUCUCAAAUUCCCUCAAAUAUAACAGGUUGUGAGCAACAUUGUUAUUGUGAAAAUGGAAAGGUUGAAUGUCGCCCAGCUUGUCCACCAGUUUUGGCGUUACCACCAAACGACUUGCCUUGUCCUACAUAUAUGGCAAGAUUGCUUCCAAUACCUGAGGAUGAAUGUUGUAAGCAUUGGGCAUGUGCUCCAGCUCCUGAAACUGGAAUAGUAUCUCCGCCUAUUUCUAAUGAACAUCAUACUUCAAUAGCAAAUAAUAACGUGUCAUCGAGUUCAUUAGAUGUGGAAAGUAAUGAAAAAAACUUAAAUUCAGCUCAACCAUUUUACCCAACUUUAGAUGGAAAAUUACAUAACGAAGAAAAUUUGACAAAGCCAAAAAUUCACCAAGAAAAAAUUUCAAGGAAGCCCAACGAGGUGCUGCAACAAAAUAAUGACAUUAAAUAUGGUAACCAAAAUGGUGGAAUUUCUACACAAUAUGAAAACCCUUAUGUAUAUAAUAAAAAACUUGGCCCUCAACAUGAUGGUUCGGGAUAUUUUAAUCCGUAUCAACCAAAAGACAUUCAUGAUAGACCACGAGGUGAAGCUGAUAUCUAUGAUAUUGUUGAGGAAAACAAAGUUCAUCGCUAUGCUUCUCCGGUUUCUGGUCUUGAGCAGAUGACAGGAGGCGAAGCACCAGUUUUAGUUUAUGAUGGAGAAAAUUAUGCUUUUUCCGGAUAUCCAGAUCUAUUUUCGUUAGCAGGAGUAAUCACUCAACAAGGACAUAGAACUCAAACAGGCCAUUCUUUAAAUAAUCUUCAAUCCGAUCUGCAAGUUAUCACCUUAGAAGCCAUAGAUCCUCGAAAAGUUCGCAUUGUUUUUACUGUACCAGAAGCAUAUGUUAAUUUACAUGGAAGAGUUGAAUUACGCUAUACAAAUCGCAAUAUCAACGAUACAUCAGCUUGGGAAUCUCAAGUCUUUGCACCUCCAGAAGAUCUCAUAGCAACAUCACAAUUAGAAUUUGACUUACCCAAUCUUGAGCCAAACUCAAUGUACAAAGUCAAGAUAAAACUAAUUCUAAAGGAUUUGAAUUCACAGCCAACUAGCCAAGUGUACACAGUUCAUACUCCACCAGAGCGUUCCAUUACACCACCUCCACCAAUCUCAGAUUAUAGACCAGAUUUUCAAGAUAUCUUAAAAAAUGUUGAAGACCCCGAAUUAAUUGCUAGUAAUACUAAUUCAACUUGGGUUCAAUUGAGUUGGAAAACACUUACAAAUGAAGUUUUGGAAUAUGUGGACGGUGUGGAAUUGAGAUACAAGGAAUUGACAGGAAGUGUUUAUGAUGCAACACCAUUAAUACAUAGGACAAUUACAUCAUACAAAAUUGAGAAUCUUAAACCAGAUACAGGAUAUGAAUUCGGUUUAUAUUAUGUUCCAUAUCCGGGACAUGGAGCUGAAAUUAGAGCUGGCAAUAUGAUCAAAAUACGCACUGCACCUGAGAUUGAUAUCUUCGCAUUUAAUGUGAAUGUUAAUGUGACUAAAGUUAAAUCAACUUCGGUUGAAGUAUCUUGGAAUGGUGUACCUGAGCCAGAGGAUAAAUAUGUUAACAUUUAUAGAGCAGUAUACCGGAGUGAUUCCGGCAAAGAAGAUUCCAGUGUGUUUAAGAUUCAUAAACAUGAUUCCGAAACAGGAACAUUGAUAAUGGAUCUAAAGUCAGGUACGAAAUACCUUCUCUGGCUUGAAAUGUAUCUCACAAAUGGACAAAUCAAAAAGACCAAUAUUGUUAAUUUUGUAACAAAACCAGGAGGUCCUACUUCUCCAGCCAAAACUGGUAAGCUUUUGACAGCUAGUGUUGGAGAGCAACCAGUAGGUGAUUAUUAUGGACCACUUGUAGUUGUUUCGGUGAUAGCUGCCCUUGCUAUUAUGUCAAAUCUAGUCCUACUUUUAAUACUCUCGAGAAGAAGGGUUCAUCAAACUGCAACCAUUACACCGCCAAGAAAAUGUGAGGCUGCCUAUGACAAUCCAUCUUAUAAAGUUGAAAUUCAGCAAGAAACAAUGAAUCUGUAGCGGAUUUUGACUCAUCAGCCCAAUGUUAGUCAUAGGAUCAAGGAUUUUGUAAAUAAACAUUAAAUAUAUUUAGUUUUUUAAUUUUUUUUCCAAUUUUUUGUUUUGUUUUUAUACUAAAAAAAAAAGACAUUUAUGAUAAAUAUUUUUAUAUUUCUUA